AAUUGCACGAGUAAAUAUUUCAUAAUAAUCCAAAUUAUACACAAGGAGAACGCGAAAGUUGUUAAAGUUAGCCAGCAAAGAAUGCCAGUGAGUUGUCUCAGGAAUUAGAAAAGUUACUGAAUAUAGAGGGAAAAGUAAGCUUUUAUGCAAAUAAACGACUUCAGCGACGCAAUGGCGCCCACAGAGAGCACCGGCCCGCAGCGCAGAUCAGCGGCUCCUGUAAGAAAAUCAGCCGCUGCUAAACCUGAAGUUACGCACGUUCAUCUCCAAGGACGAGGAAUUAGCGAGUUGAAAGAAAUGGAUGCCUUCCUGCAAGCAAGAGUCAUGUUCUUGCAACACAACCUCCUGCAAAGUACGCGCGGCCUGAACUGCCUCCUGCACCUGCAGGAACUCUACCUGCAGCACAACUGCAUCACCAGACUGACAGGUCUGCAGAGGUUGCAGCAGCUGCGCGUGUUGGUGCUCAACCACAACGCCCUCAGCGUCCUGGAAGGCCUGCCGCCUUCGCUCAUCUGCCUUCAGGUCGUCUGA